AUGGGUAUGUUGGCAACGCUGCAGCUGGUUGAUAUGUAUGCAAAAUGUGGCAACUUGAAGCUCGCCAGACAAGUCUUCGACAUCAUGUCAAUCAAGGAUGUUACAUGCUGGAACACGAUGAUUGUUCGGUUGUCAGUCCAUGGCCACUCACAUGAUGCACUUAAGCUGUUUGAUCUUAUGAAUACUGAGCCUGAUCAUCCACAGCGCCUAUUGAAUGAGUGGAAAGUGUAUUUCAGGAGCAUGAUCGAAGACUACAAAAUUGUGCCAAGUGUGAAGCACUAUGGCUGUAUAAUCGAUAUGCUCUGUCGCUAUGGUAAAGUUCAUGAGGCUUAUGAAAUGAUCGAGGAUAUGCCCAUCAAGGCAAAUUCUGUGCUGUGGAAGAUGAUUAUGGCUGCAUGCAGAGUGCAUGGGCACUUUGACCUUGCUGACAAAGCUGUUCACAGAAUGCAUGAGUUGAUGCCAAUGGAUGAUGGGGAUGUUAUCACAGUAUCAAAUGCGUAUGCAGAAGCAGAACGGUGGGAUGAUGUUGAACAUCUGAGAGCAAAGGUGAUAGGAUGCAGCGGUUCAAAGCAUGCUGCACACAGUCAAGUUCAUAUCUGGCAGCACUGUUUUACAAGACAAUGUGGCUCUAGGGCAAAAUCUGUGUCUAUCUCUGAAGUGAAAGUGCCCAAAACAGGGCAAAUUCUGUUCCCACCAGACACCACAAUGUCAUAUACAUUUUUUCCCCUCUGUUCUCUGCUUGGAUCAGUGCUGUCAGAUCAAGAGGAGUCGCGCUUGGAACAUUGGAACUUGAAAGUGGAAAAACAACCAAGUCAAGCAACAGGACAUUCACGUUCUGAUCGAGAGUCACAGUUCAUGGUAGUAAAAACGUGCUCAAGAGUUCAGUGA